CAGUCGGGGUCGUCGCGCAGACAGGUGCGGACGGACGGACGGACGGAGGGACAGACGCGCCGCUGUCAGUGCGGGCCACCGAGCCGCCACCGCGACUGGAGGGACAGUGACGAGCCGCGGACACAGGAGUCGGCCAGACUCCCAGGGACGUGAUACCGUCCGACACCGUCCGCGUCCGACCUCUGAGGAGCCGGAGCGGCAUACCGCUGACAGGAUGGGGAGCGGACGCUGGGGGAGCGCGGUCCCCCUGGCGGCCGGCCUGCUGCUGCUGGUGCUGCUCACCCCCGUCCACCCAGCGCCGCUGGACUGGGACGCGCCCACGCCAGCGCCCGGCUGUUUCCACAUGAUGCGCCACUACGAGAACGGAGAGCAGAUCGUCACCGGAGAGCCGUGCCUCAACUGCACGUGCCGCGACAGCAUGCACAUGUGCUUCCUCAAGGUGUGCCCCUACGUGCGCCCGCUCAGCAAGGGGUGCACCGCGGAGAAGCUGCCGGGACAGUGCUGCCCGACCGUCACCUGUGACCAAGUUCCCGUUCCCGUGAUGGCGAUGCUCGGACUCGCUAAUGUGACGGAGCCGACGACGACGACGACGACGUCGACGACGACGGAGGCGCCGCCGGCAGCCGACGGGACCGACGCGGCGGGCUGCACAGUGGACGGACAGAGCUACCGGGACGGGGCACAGAUUCCGUCUGACCCGUCGGAGCCGUGCGACGUCUGCUACUGCAUUCGGAACCACACGGCGUGCGUCCAGCAGCGGUGCACCAUGUCCGUGCCCGGCUGCGAGCCGGUGUUCGAAGACGGCGUGUGCUGCCCCGUUCGAUAUAACUGUGAUUUCCAGACGACAACGCUGCCUCCGCUGACAACGGCGCGGCCGGACCCGUCGGCGGGCUGUCUGCACCAGGGCGUCAGCUACGCGGACGGAGAACAGGUGACGAGCGCCGACCCGUGUCAGCACUGCUACUGUAUGCACGGCGAGGUGAAGUGCGCCGUGCGCAGCUGCAGCACGCCACUGGACCACGAGCGCUCUUCGUGUCGGCCCGUGCCGCCGCCCCCUGGCCAGUGCUGCCCCGACACGUACGACUGUGAUGCCUCGGACGCUAGCGUCAACAAGAGCUCCGAGCCCAGCACGACUGGAACUAGCAUCACGGACAUCGAUAUCACGACUGAAACAGAUGUCACAGAACCAAACACCGCGACUGAGGCAGUCGUCACGGAACCCAGCACCGCGGCUGAGACCGACGCUACAGAACUCAGUGCCCCGACCGAAACUAGCAGCACGGAAUCCACAACUGCAACUGCGGCAGGCGCCACGGAAGUCAGUUCUGAUGCAACGCAGACAGACGGGACCGAAGGAAGCACCACCGAGUAUGCUCCCGCAACUAGUGAAAUAACGAAGGGUUCAGCUGUCGUGGAUGCGACAUCUGCAGAGGAUGUCAGCGAGGCGGAAGGCCCCACCGCGGAUGCCCCGAGCGACCAGAAUGACAGUACUGCCGAUCCCGCACAGGGUACGGCGAGUACGAACACAGGCAGCGGCGCCGAGACAACACAAGGCAAGGCUGACCCGGUCACAGGCAGCGACGCCACGAAAGUUCCACCGGUCCCGGACAGCGCCACCACCCCCAGCACCGACAGCAACACCGUCACUGGUGACACCGAGUCCACCCCUAGCGAGCUCGGCCCCGGAGAGAGCACGACGCCACUGCCCGACAAACAGUACCGACUCGAGGACCUGCUCGACUACCAGAACGAAGUCACAGGAGAGGAGCUGGCCCCAGGGAUCGAAAAUGGCAGCGGACUGGCGCCGGGCGCUGAAAACGGGUACGAGGUGACACCAACUGCAACAGAUCGCAGUGAGGUGACACCAGCCGCAGUGGACCGCACUGGGGUGACACCAACUACAGGAGGCGACAGUGAGGUGACACCGACUGCAGUGGACGGCGGUGAAGCGACCACAACUGCAGUGGACGACAAUGAGGUGACACCAACUGAGCCUACUGAAGGCCAGGGUGUGAGUGAUGUCACGCAGCCGGAGCAGUUGGCGGAUCAGCCAUCGUCCAUUGCGCAGGGUCCUUUACAGACUUCAGCGGAGGUUCCCGAACCAUCCGGUUCCGAGGCUCCAUCGUCACUGGAGAGCGCAGAUCAAACAAUCGACAGGACAACCGGGCCAAGCGUCAGCAGCACAGCCAACCCAUCUGAUGUCGCUCUAGAACAAAGCACAAGUCCCUCUGAAUCUCCUGUAUAUGAGAGCACAGAUAGCCCUGCUACCACCACGGAGCGAGCUAGCCCUUCUGAAGUUACUUCAGAACAAGAAACAGCUAAUUCGGCAGACGGUGCGGCUGAACCGUCUGAUACCACCACAGUCGCCACAGCUGGACCAUCUGAUGUUACCACAGUCAACUCAGUUGGGCAGUCUGAUGCCACCACAAUUGACACAGUUGGACCAUCUGAUGCUACCACAGUUGACGCAAUUGGACAGUCUGAUGCUGCCACAGUUGGGCCAGUUAGACCGUUUGAUGUCAUCACAGUCGAGCCAGUUGGACCAUAUGAUACCACCACAGUUGACCCAGUUGAACAGUAUGAUGCAACCACAGUUGAGCCAGUUGGACCUUAUGAUGCCACAGAAGUAGAAACAGUUGGACCGUCUGAUACCGCCACAAUUGAGCCAGCUGAGCCAUCUGAUACCAUCACAGUUGAGCCAGUUGGACCAUAUGAUGCCACAACAGUAGACACGGUUGGACCGUCUGACGCCACCGCAGGUGAACCAGUUGGACCAUAUGAUGCAACAACAGUUGGCACAGUUGGGCCGUCUGAUGCCACCACAGUAGACACAGUUGGACCGUCUGAUUCCACCACAGUUGAGCCAGUUGGACCAUCUGAUGCCACCACAGUCGAGCCAGUUGGACCAGCUGAUGCCACCACAGUUGAACCAGUUGGACCAUAUGAUGCCAAAACAGUAGACACAGUUGGACCGUCUGAUGCCACCACAGUGGAGCCAGUUGGACCAUCUGAUGCCACCACAGUAGAUACAGUUGGACCAUAUGAUUCAACCACAGUCCAGCCAGUUGGACCAUAUGAUGCUACCACAGUUGAGCCAGUUGGACCAUCUGAUGUCAUCACAGUCGAGCCAGUUGGACCAUAUGAUACCACCACAGUUGACCUAGUUGAACAGUAUGAUGCAACCACAGUCGACCCAGUUGGACCUUAUGAUGCCACAACAAUAGACACGGUUGGACCAUCUGACGCCACCGCAGGUGAACCAGUUGGACCAUAUGAUGCAACAACAGUUGGCACAGUUGGGCCGUCGGAUGCCACAACAGUAGACACAGUUGGACCGUCUGAUGCCACCACAGUUGAGCCAGUUGGACCAUCUGAUGCCACCACAGUUGAGCCAGUUGGACCAUAUGAUGCCAAAACAGUAGACACAUUGGGACCGUCUGAUGCCACCCCAGUUGAGCCAGCUAAGCCAUCCGAUGCCAUCACAGUCGAGCCAGUUGGACCAUAUGAUGCCACAACAGUAGACACAAUUGGACCGUCUGAUGCCACCACAGUCGAGGCAGUUGGGCCAUCGGAUGCCACCCCAGUUGAGCCAGUUGGACCAUCAGACAGCACAGCAGCAGAAAGUACUGAGACUGGCGGAACAGAUGUAGGCUACCCAUCGGAAGAAGACAGUCCAGCAGCUGAAACUGAGGGCUCCGGACCUGAAGAGUACUUCAUCGAAGGCCGAACCGGUGACUCGGGAGACCUUGACGUGCAGGGAAGUGGAUACACAGAAGCAGCUGAUGAGCCCGUCGCCACCGAGCCGACCACGGAGGGUCCCCUUGUCUCGGUACCAGCCCCAGGCACGACCACCGAGUCACCUGACGCCACCCCUCCCAGAUUCGAGCCUCCAGCGUCCGCCGACCUUCCCGCACCCGGUACAGGUGGUCCCGACUAUCCUGUCCCCAGCACGAGCACCGCAUCCCCCACCACCCUCAGUCCCGACAGCGGUGCAUACAGCACCUCGGGGCAGUCGGAGCAGGGCACAGAUCCAGAACAGCCCGCCACAACCACACCAGCGGCUCUCGAUCUGGAGACGACCUCGGACGACAGCACUUCUGCCGAAGACGCUGCUACUCCAGACAGCACAACAGUUCCAGACAGCUCAGCUGUCACAGACAUAGCCACCACUGAAGAAAGCUCGGCUACGCCAGACGCCACGACUGUCCCGGAAUACACGACUCCUGUCGAGGAACAAGAGGCGACAGCCGGUGAUUCAGUUGAAGGUUCCGGAACGACUGUCCCAGGAUAUGAAUAUCCAACAAGUGAAGGCGCUGAAACGUCUUAUCCUGGUACAGAUUCAAGCGAGUCUUCCGUGAGCCCAGCAAACGAACUGUAUCCCACGGUCCUAGCCCCCGGAUCCGAAACACUGGAUGAAGGCUCUGGAUCGGGAGAAGAGCCACCUCAGACUACUGAAAUGGAGCAGCCGAUUGUCUCUGGAAACGAAAACCCACUGGUGACAGAUGGCACUCCAUCCACUGAUGACAGUCUAACCACUGAGGCUGCUGACGAAACGACCACAGAACGGCAGCAGUCAGGUGAUCAGGCUAGUGAUACAACAUCACCAGUAGAGAGCAGACCCGACGGCAUCAUUCGCCCCAAAGGACAUACAUUCGAAGACCUUCUCGGCAUUCCAACCACAACCGAGGGCAACAUAAUACAAGUUGAGGACUCUACGACUGUCGCUCCUGCGUCUCCGUCAACUGAGCCCGACAGCUCGCAGGGAACCACGGUGAAUGCUGGUGCUGCUGAGGACCAGACGGAAGAGAGCGAUAUUCUGAAAAUAAUCGAUGGCGUUCUCGAUCGCACCACAGAGCCCAGUCUCCCCUAUGAUCAAGAGAGCGGCCCAACCAUAGACGGCUCUGGCCAAGGACCAGAUCAGGAAGAACAGACGGCUGUCCCCAUUGAGUCAACCACUGUCACCGAGGCACCUGGUGUCGAGAGGCCAACCACAGAGAUCCCAGAGAACACGGACGUGACUGAAGAUGCUUCCAGUGGAGUUGUUCCCACAGACAGCCCCAUUGAAGAAGCCCCCGAGGCUGACACGAGUGCUCCUGAGGGCAGGUACGCUGACGAGGCUGGUCCGGUCCUCGAGGCCAGCGGAGACGGUAGCUCCGCGGAAACUGAACAGCCCGGGUCUGCGAUUAGCGAUGAGGAAGGCUCAGGGAGUGAGGAAACAACUCAAACGACCCCCGAGUAUGUUCCCGUGGUGAUCUGGGAGAGUGACAAGCAAACUACCACGGGAUCUGUCAAUGGAGAGAAAGGAGUCACGGAAGAGUUCUCCUCCAUAACGGAAUCUGUCACUGUAGGAAAUACAUCUACGGAGACUGGUCCUCCCUCAGAGGCUGACACUGAUGCGUAUGUUGCCUCCCAGACUGGGCCGACCACGGGACCUACAACUGAAGGAUCGUUACCCGAUGAGGCCGGUGCUACUACAGUGCUUGCGGCUGAGGCAGAGGCAACCACCGCAGCAGGACCAUCCAUAGAAAUCAUUACUGAAGCAACGACAACCGCUGGGCCUGGUGAAACCACGACUCCUGCUGGCGUGGAUGUAGAAGGUGAGACCAGUCAUGCCUCGAGUACUGUCACUGCCGUAGACACAGCAACUGAGGCCGAAUCAACUACCGUGUCUGAUGUAGAGACAACCACCAGCACCGCUGCUAGUGAAGUUUAUGGCGAUGACACUAUACAGAGCACAGAGUCUGAGCUUCUCAUUGGUUCAGAGGAAAGCACAGAGCCCACUACAGAAAAUGUUGACGAAAAUGUAUUCCCCAACUUUGGCUCCAUUUUUGAUACCAUAACCGACGCUCUUGGUCUGGGAUCAACCGAAUCUCCCAACGCUACGUCUGAGGCUACUGAUGCUACGACUGAGGCACCUGUAGUAAUUUAUGAAGAGACCACACAGACGCCCAGUAUAUCUGUGGAAGACAUGGGACAAACCGAGCCUGGCACUACUGCUUUACCUGCCGAAGAGGCCACCACUUCUCCCACAACGAGAGAUGAUUUGAUUGAUCAGCUUCUCGGCAUUACUCAUGGGGAAUACACUUCUACUGAGGCGCCUGGAAACGAGGAAGCGAAGGCUGGACUAAUUCAAGGUACCGAAGACGGUUCUGGAAGCCUAGAGGGAGACAAGGCUGCAGCGACCCCGUCAGAUAUCGAUACCACUUCAUCUGUGGUAGAAUCGACAGAGCCUGAUACCACUCCAUUCGGGACAGACGCAACCGGUGACACCAAUGCAGCGACAUCUUCGCCCGAGCAAACCGAUAGUCCUGCUGAACAGGAUGGUGUAGACGGCUCUGGGGAUGGAGCCCCGACCACCACGAAGGAUACCGCUCCUGAGACAACAGAAUCCAGCAUUUCCAUUAUUUCUGCUGAGACCACCACAUCAAAACAAGAUGUAACUGCGUCACCAACAUCCGAGAGCACUUCCGCUUCAGUGGAGUCCUCUGGAGAUUACGUUGAGGAUUAUACUACUGAGGGCAUCACUGCUGUGACGGAAACCACUUCUGAGCCGGCAUCGGACGAAAUCGAGCAACCAUAUGCUGGGACUGUAGAGGUUGGGGCAAAAACAACCGUCAGUCCUACAGAAUUCCUCGAGGGAUCCGGAGUCAAUGCAAGUGAUGAACCAACUUACGAACCGAAGAAUCCAGAUAGUGCCGUCGGCCCUACAGAAUCUGGUGAAGGCUCGGGGACCGAUGUGGGGGAGGAAUCGAGCUAUGGUACUACAGUGUCAGAAAGCACGGUCAGUAUAGCAGAACCUUACGAGACUGCAGAAACCAGUGCAAGUGAGGAACCAUAUACCACUACCACGGAAGUUAGAGGCACGACUGACCCCACAGAUCCAUUCGAAAGUGAACCGGGCAUCGAAACAACGGAAGUUGAAACUGCCGAGGAAUAUACGACGAGUGGGCCCGUUGUGCCCAUUCAGGAUGGAGUAACCGAUACUGCCACGGAUUCCAGUACUGGUACUACGGCGUUGGAAGAUAUUCCCAGCCCUCCUGAAACCACAGAUCGCUCAGAAACAAGUGUGACUGAGGAGCCAGUAUCUGAGACGACCGAUGUCGUAAGCAACGACGAAUCAGUCACAACUAUCAAGGAUACUGCACCUACCGAUAGCCCAACUGGCAGCGAGUCACCUACUGAUGUGUACAGCCCUGGAGACCAGCUAACACCGGAGAGUGUCGCACCAGACAGCGCCAGUCAGUUGGCGGGAGAAGAUGAGUCAACGCCCGCUUCCUCCACGGAUGGCAUAGAGCCGACGAGUCAGCCGGUCACAGAGGGCAGUAGUUCCCCAGCGCCCCCAUCCGCGGGCACUGCCGGUCCUGACUCCAUCGCCGAAGACAUCCUGUACCCACUCCUGCACCUGGUUGACGAUGAACGCAAAUCUCGAGAAGAUGUCACCAGUCCCGCUACCAACAUCGAGGCGGCUGAGGUCGUACCAACGAGUACUUCGGCGCCUGUAGUGAGCAUCCCAGAAACUGGAUCCUAUGGCACGUCGACGGUAGAAACAUCACAGACUCCGAUAACUGAAAUCUAUGAACAGACCACGCAGCCCGCAACGUCUUAUGAAGCCGGAGAACCCGUGACAGAUUCUGCAGCUCCGUCCAGUGGUGCUGCGACAGAGUCUACGGCUCCGUCCAGUGAUGCUACCACAGAACCUGAGACAGAAUCCGCUGCUCCGUCCAGUGGUGGUGCUACCACAGAGCCUGUGACUGAGUCUGCAGCUCCGUCCAGUGGUGAUACCACAGAGCCUGUGACUGCGUCUGCAGCUCCGUCCAGUGACACCGUUACGGAGUCAGUGACAGGAUCUGAAGCGACGUCUAGUGCUGUUUCCACUGAGCCUGGGCUGACGGAAGAGGAAACUUCAUCCACUGACUCUGCUACAGAGCCAGUUACAGAAUAUUCUGUUCCGCCCAGUGUUGUCACUGCCGAGCUCGUCACGGAAGCCACAAUUACGUCUGGUGAUGGGUCAACGACAGAAUCUGGAACCUCGUCCAGCGCCUCUAGUGAGGAGCCUGAGACCACGGAUUCUUUGAGUGAUACCACUGUCGAGGUUGUAACAGAAUCGACCAGUCCGUCCAGCACCGAUUCCACCACCGAAGCUGCUGCAACGUCAAGCGACUCUACCACCGAAACUGAGACAACAGAAUAUGUAGAUCCAUCUAGCAAUUUUGUGACCGGGACAGUGACAGAAUCUGCGGCUCCGUCCGGUACCGACAUGACCGAAAAAGAAACGGAAUCUACUGUCCCACCUAGUACUGAAACGACCACAUCUGUGGUUCAGCCGAAUGAGGCGGAUGGCGAGGUGGUGAGGGAAUCUGCGCCUACAUCCACUGCUGAUACUUCAGAAGAAGUGACGGACUCAUCAGCUCCAUCAAGUAGCGAUGCUGUCGAGCCUGGGACGACGGAAUAUGUAGACCCGUCGCGUGACGCCACCGUAGAGCCGAUGACAGAACCGACAGCUCCAUCAAACGAUAUUGCUACAGAGCUAGUUACUGAACCAACGACUCCAUCUGGAGAUAGUGCAACAGAACCAGUUACGGGGCCUGACGCUUCAUCCAGCGAUAGUAGCACAGAGCCUGUGACAGACGGCGCGGCUCCGUCUCUUGACGCUACUACAGAGUCUGUGACUGACACCGAGACUACGUCUGGUGAAAGUAUCACUGAACCAGUGACAGUGCCUGACACUUCGUCCAGUGACAGCACCAUCGAGCCUGUGACAGAUACCGCAGGUCCCUCUGCUGACAGUACCACCGAGCCUGGGACUGGUGACGCGGCUACGUCUGGUGACAGUACCACCGAGGCUGUGACAGAUAACGCAGCUGCGCCCGGUGAUAGCACUGCAGAACCAGUUACAGAACCAGGUACUUCCUACACCAGUAGUACCACAGAGCUUGUGACUGAUGCCGCAGCUACGUCCAGUGAUGGUACCACAGAGUCUGUGACUCAUGUCGCAGCUUCGUCUGGUUACAGCACUACGGAACCUGUGACUGAUGCCGCAGCUAGGUCCAGUGAUGGUACCACUGAACCUGUGACUGUUGCCGAAGCUUCGUCUGGUGCUACCGAGCCUGUGACAGAUGCCGCUGCUCCCUCUGGUAAAAGUACCACCGAGCCUGUAACAGACGCCGCAGUCCCGUCCGGUGAGGCCGCCACUCAGCCUGAGUCGGACUCUCCGUCUCCGUCCGACGCCAGUCCGCCGCUGGAGGACAGCUCGGUGCCCGGCGAGGGCUCUUGUCUGGUGGACGGCACGACGUACGCUGACGGCGAGGACGUGCCCACCAGCAGCCAGUGCCAGCUGAGCUGCGUCUGCCGAGCCUCGGUCGUCAACUGCGAGACGCGCAAGUGUCCGGUGGCGCCCGAGGGAUCCUGCCGACCGUACUACCAGAAGGGAGCCUGCUGCCCCGCAUAUGACUGCGCGGAGGAGCCUCCUACUCUGGUGUCCCUGCAAUGUUACGAGAACGGCUCCAUCUACGCCGAGAACGACCCGGUGCCACACGAGGACCCGUGCCAGUACUGCCUGUGCCUGGACGGUCAGGUGGUGUGCGCCAAGAGGCUGUGCGAGCUGCCGCCGGAGCUGGAGGGUCGGGACUGCAAGCCGCUGCCGCCAGCACCCGGCCUCUGCUGUCCCAGCGAGUACUCCUGCGACGUGUCUGUGCUGGACAGUCUGGGACUGCGGGCGGAGGACACCAGUGAGGGGCCAGAGCCGGGCUCUGUGAUCGUCACCACGUCACCGCCGACCACCCCUGCUCCCGUCACCGAGACGCUGAGCAUCAGCGGCCUGGCCAUGACGCCGGCCACCACCGCGCCGCCGACAGUCGGCACCGACACGGCACUGGAGAAGGAAGGUGGCCGCCAGCCGCCGAAACAGCCACGGGAGCAGUCGACGGAGGGCUCAGACAGUACCACCGAGCCCGCCCUGACAGUGGUUACCGCCGAACCGGCCACUGGAGCUGAAACUACGGAGAGCGUUACUGGUGCCGAGACUACUCAGACUGAUACUGGUGCAAAUGUUACCGAGUACCCAGCUGAUGUCGAUACUACAGUGCCUGUGACAGGUGCUGACACCGAGUCUACGGCUGAAGUUGGUACCACUGAAUCUGCCGCAGUCACGGAGUCAGCGAAUGAAUCUAAUGUAUCUCAGCCUUCUCUGGACGCAGAUGCCACCGAGUCGGCGUCUGUAGCUGAGACGACCCAGCCCAGUCCAGUUCCCGACACAACACAGCCCACCACCGAUGUAGGAGCCACUGAGGUAACGACCGACAAAGAUGGCACAGUCUCCAUCACGGGCGACUAUUCCACGGUCACCAUGAACGGCGUCAUCGCUGAAUCGACUACAUCAAGCUCCGCUUCUGAGCCUACCACUGGCGAUAACGUAGUCGAAGUCACGACUGCUGUGGGAUCCGCAGACGAUGCCAGUGCCACGGAAUACACCAGCACGAGCUCUGAUUCUACCACUGCGCCUGAUGCUACCGAGGCAAGCGCUUCCGGGUCUACCAGCAUCGACACCGAGUCUUCCACUGACACCGACACUACCGAGUCUGUGACGCAGACUGCUGACACUGAGUAUUCCGCUGGGGACUACGCUACCGAGGUAACGACUGGUGCUGAUAGUCCGAAGACUACACUAAGUCCUGGUGCUGAGCUCACAAUUAGCUCUGACGCUGAGCCUACCAUGGAUGCUGGUGCUGAGUCUACCACUGGUAGUCCUGAAUCCACUACCGGUGCUGUUGCUGAGUCCACAGAUGCUGAUAUCACAGAGUAUCCGACCAGUGCUGACGGUGGAUCCUCCAUUGAGCCUGGUGCCUCUGAGUCUACCACAAGCAGUUCUACGCCUGUGUUCGCAGCAGAAGACAGCAGUGCAAAUACCAUUGACACUGAUAAUACAACUAAUGAUGUCGAGUCUAGCACUUCAUAUGAAGUAACUGCAGAGCCAACUACUGGUGGUGGCAUUCCGUCUACAUCCAGCGCUGACGCUGAGGUCACAACAGACGGUGAACUCACAACAGACACUGAUUCUACCGAGCCUACCACCUCCACCGAUCCCAGAGAAGCGACUUCGGGAACAGAUGCCUCUGAAGCUUCGUCGGGUGCUGAUGCCACGGAGCCGGCAACUGGUGUUAACCCGACUGAGCCAAGCACCGGGGGCACUGACACCACGGUCAGCUCUGGAACCACUGAACCUGCUACAAAGUCUGACGCCACAGAGAGCGCCACCGGUCCCGACGGCGCCGAUGUGACUGGUGAUACAACCACCGAAUACCCCACAGACGCCGACACCACAGGCGCUACAACCGGCGACAUAGAGUCAACCAAAGUUGAGGCAACAGAGCCCUCAACGAGCACUACCGGCGUCGACGCUACGACUAUCGCCGAUGGCACCACUGAGGCUGCUGGAGUAGAACCCUCUGAAUCCUCUACCGCUCCGACUGACGUUACAGGAUCGGAUGCUACGUCUGGCACCACUGAGUCAACGGUUGAUACUGAUAUCACUGAGCCUGUGACAGACGCUGAUGGCGCCGAUACCACCACAGUGACCGCCGACACCACCGAACCAUCCACGGAAACGCCUGCCGUAGAUGCUCUCCUCGAAGCGGUAGGCCUCAAACCGACAGAGGACACCGAGAACGCAAAGUCCGAGGAUUCCGCCGCCGGCGACACGCAGCAGUCAGCUCCGACGACCGAGUCGAAUCUCACUGACAUCACAGCGGACACGGAACCGGCGACCGCAGAGCCAGAGUAUAACGAGAUUGCCACCAACGGCGGACCGCCCGUCAAGCCAGUGGACGAAGCCGUGAAGGCUGAGGGCAGCGGCGAGCCGGAAGAACUCUCGUCAGAGUCCGAUCCCACAGGGUCAACUGGAGCUGAGUCAGCGACUGAGGAUGUCCCGGGAGCUCAGAUCAUCGACACUACCCCGACCGGACUGUACGGGGGUCAGCCGGAAGAUGCAGCGACUGAGGUCACAGAAACACCGUAUGGAAGCACAGAUGGGUCAUUGGAGGUCACCACAAGCACCGAGACGCCAGUCACCGACGCACCAUACGGGUCCACAGAAGCACCAUACGAAGCCACCGAUGCAGCAGAUGCAGCCACAGAUGCUCCAACCGAAACCACAUACGCACAGGUUGAUGCCUCAGGCACACCAGCUGGAGCAACAGGCGAACCGGCUGAAGACACGUACACAACGGUUGACUCGACAGAUGCUCCAGCUGAGUUCUCAAGCACUGAUGCCACGGGAGCUCCAGGUGAAGUCACUGACACACCGGCUGAAGCCUCAGACGCUCCAGCUGAUGUUACAGGCACUCAGACCGAGACCCCUGGCAGUCCUUCCAGGCCACCGGGCUCGUUCGACACGACCAUCGUCUACUCCACGCCGAACCUGAGGCUGACCAAUGACACCUCCGACCAGCCCGAGUCCCCGCUGAUAUCAGUCACCAACGAGACGCUCGACAUCCUCUCCUCGGUCGGCGCCGACGCCUUCGCCAACACCACCGACAUCACGGACGCCGAGGUGGCCACGCCGGAGCCGGCCGCCGCCGCCGCCAUCGCCAGUCAGGGCGCAGUGCCCGUCGGCACCUGUCUGUUUGAUGGCAAAAUCUACGCGUCGGCGCAGCAGAUCGCGCGGGACGACCCGUGCGACUUCUGCUUCUGUUUCCGCGGCGACAUCAUCUGCCUGCAGCAGUCGUGCCCGCCGCCGGUGCCCGGCUGUGUGGAGCAGCCCAUCGUGGGCUUCUGCUGCCCGCGCUACGAGUGUCCCGUGGACGAGGAGGGCACCGAGCCGCCGACGGUGGUGCCGCCAGGCGAGCCAGCGGCCAACUGUACCGUCCAGGGCGCCACCUACCGGGCCGGCGAGCUCAUCGAGUCGUCCUCCGGGCCGUGCCUCGAAUGCAGGUGCGGCCGUAGCGGAGAGAUGGACUGCGAGCCGCGCCACUGCGAGCCGCAGCCCGUGCUGAAGAAGAUGAUGAUCACGGCCGCCCAGCGGAGACGGCGGUGAACCCGCUCCCCCGGAGGUGUUUUCCGAGUGGUCACCAGCUGAGUCACGUGCCGUCCCUACUCAGUGCGAUAAAACUGGUGAGCCGCGUGGGUGAGAUAAAUAUGACAGAGGGCGGUGAGAACAUUAUUCCGUUCACCGGUAUAGGUGAGAAUCUGAACUAUGGGGCCGAGGAGAGGUCCUCAGUGGCGUGAGAAUCAACUGGGUGUGCGACCUGUCUGUGAGAUUUGGCCAAACAUAGAGUGAGUAAAAUGUAUUGGCGUUAGUUCUAUGGGUAGAUGGUGCCAAAGUGGAUGGUGGAUGCUUGAGAGAGGAGCUGACGCGAGAGUUAUAAGUCACGCACGCCACGAGUCACGAGAGCUGGGAAUGCACCAAUCACUGUGACGGCAUCAAAUGAAUGUUUGACGUCACUUCACGACGUGUGCCACACGCCCGGCUGGGUUCAACAGUUCUGAGUAUGAGAGGAUGCAGGGCAUUGCCGAAUGACGACAGGGUGUCUCGUUGUAGUGCGGGACGGCUCCGAGCGGUUUUGUGUGUACGCUGAGAUACGUUCUGUCGCCGGUGUCCUUAGAGACACGGGGUCUGUGACUUGGGGCGACCGUCUUUGGGACACAGGGCGGGCGUCGCUGAGACACGGGGGACCGUCUGCUGUGGAGGAAGCUUUACCGGUGUGUGUAUUUGGCAUGUGAUGGAACUGGCAAUCUGGUGAUACUGGCGCCGCUCCGGCCACGAACGUUGCCGUCCGACAGACUCCGUAACUUUCGUAUGGCAGGGGUGUGACUCCGGCUCCGACUGAGCCGAGCACCUUUAGCUUUUGGCUCAUCCGAGCUCAGGGCUGGCAGCUCCGACAUGACGGGCUGCGCUGAGCCAACGUCUGAACAAGUUAAUCGUGUCGCGCCCGGUUGGGCUCCGGCUUUGCGGCCCUUUGACAUGAUGCCACAGAUUAUCGUUGUAAUACAUAUCGACUGGAAAA